CGUCUGCAGUCGUAUGUCGCUCGAGACUACACAAUAAGGUCCCCGGAGAUUCCCUGCAGAACAAUAAUGUGUCGAUAUGUGCGUCGCGUCACUCGCGUCGGUGGGCGUAGGGGAUAUAGCGCAGAUGGCGCCAGCAGGCAUCGUAUAUAUUAGCUGACACUGCUGACAGAGUCAGCGCGGCAGACUAAACUAUAAAUGUUGAAGCGAGUAAUUGACAAUCCUCCUUUCGGAUUAUUAUUUGAUUUAUUUGAAAAUUUAUGUAAUACUUAUGCUUCAGUUUUUAUGAAUAUUGGAAUAAUCAAUAUGUAAAAUUAACUAGAGAUAUUGGGAAUAAAUAAUUUCACUUUUUAUAAAGAUGAUAAAGAAAAGAAAAUGAACGAUUCUGAAAAUGAAGAAUAUGUAUCAACACCAGAAAGAAAAAGAGCAUACAUACAACGAUGGCUCCUGGAAAAUCCACAUGAAACUGCAAAAUUUGAUUCUGAUUUAAAUGAUCGAACACCUCCUAGUUCACCCAGACAUCGAGAAAAAUCCACAGCAUCUUUCGCGCAUCCGCUUUCACCAGUAUUAGCUCAAAAACUUUCAUCACCAUGUGCCAUAACAAGAUCACCAAUAUUAGGUGGGAAACGAUUAGCUACCUCACCUAUUAUUGGUGGGAGAAGAAGAUCUAUAAAAAGAAGCAAAGUUGCCAAAAAGUUAGACACAACAUACAUAAAAAAAAAGACAGACUCCGAUUCAAAAUUACAAACAGUAUUGCAAUCAACGACACAUGCAGACCCCCAAGAUCACAGUAAUGAAGACAUUUUUGAAAACAACACUACAGUGGCUUCAACAGUGAAAGCUAUAGAAUCUGAUUUAAACUUUACAUUUGAUGAUUCUAAAUCAACAAAACAAAACAAUAUUAAAAUAAAUAAGCAGUUUAGGAUGGUCAGAAAACCUUUAGAUGACACUAUCUCACAGUUGAUUGAAUCUACAUCUAGCACUGAAGAUACAAGUACUGAAAACGCUGAACAAAAUAUACUGGAAGCCAGUAGCGAUACUGACAAGACAAAGAGCGAUCUAAUAGAAGAUAUAAGCACACAAGAAGUUUUAGUAAUGCCUGACAAACCCUGUGAGAUGCCAGCAUCACAGAAAAUUUCAAAUCCAUCAUCAACUCCCUCACCUAAAUUUGAAACUGAUGUUUUUAUAUCAGAAACUCUUACGGAUCAAAUUGAUACUGUCAGUAGUCUGGAUUCUAGAAUAGACUUUGGAAAAACGUCUUAUAUUAUAGAACACAAGACUGAGGAACAAAGUAGGAAGACUUAUAAAAAAGGAGGAUUGUUAGAUACAUUGUUGACAACAAUGGCAAAAGAAAAGUCAAAUGUAAAUCUUUGGAGGUACAAUGUCUGUAAAAAAGAUAUGAGUGGUGUAUUCAUUCUUUUGCAAAUUGUAGAACACUUGCCAAAGCUAAAUAAGUUACAAUUAUUAAAGUGUAUACUGAUUGAAGAUUCAACAGAUCUUUUGAGUGGUCUGUUAAAAGAGAAUCGAUUUAUAAGUGUGAUAAAUGUACCUGAAAUCUCUGGUUUGAUUAAAACUAAUGAGAAACCAGUAUUGAAGGUUUAUAAACCUUGGACAAUAAUAGAUCCUAAUCAGCAAAUUUUACAUAUAACUAGAUUUAUUGCGAUUCCACCAAACUCUGAAAACUGUACCCUUGUUAACGAAAAUCUCUUUAAAAAAGAUUUAAAAACUGAUGAAGAAUUCCAUUGUCCUUGUAUAGACGAAAACAGUCUUUCAAACAAAUGUGAAAUGAAAUUUCACGAUAGUUCUUACAAUAUGGUUGAAUCGGUUUUCAAUUACGUGAAAAAGUGAUGAUAUAUAUUUGCGUUUCGUUAUAAAUGUUUCCUAUUUAAAUGUUUAUUUUGUCAAAUAAUAUAAAAUACAAAAUUUUUAAAGGCA